ACGAGUUCGAGCUAUAUGCGCGAACGAGUUAUUUGUUCUUUGUUUUGUAAAUGUGUUCUAGUGUAUUUGGAACAAGAGUCACGUAAAAAGAAUAAAUACGUGAACAGGAUACGCCUGUUUGCCUGUACCGGAUUUGUGAACGUCUAUAAAAUUGUAAAUCUUCUUUUAUAUAGUUUUAUAUACAAUAGGAAUAAACAUAUUUUUACAUUGUCAGUGUAAUCAUUGUCGAUUACGAUCUUUUUUUUUCAAAUAUUAAUAAAAUAUAAGUAAAUCGAGUCGAUCGAUCAUCGUCCCAAGUUUUGUACGUGGCAGUGUAAGCGAGACGGAGAUUCAACCAAUCAUCGAAAUCGAAAUCGAAAUCAAAGGAAAAGCAGUGUUGGUAGCGGCAGAGAAUUUCUACCAACACAGUACCUAGAAUUUUGUUUUUCUUAAACGCACAUCUCUCUCUUUUUCUACCUUUGCCCCCUCCUGUUUUCCCUCCCCCUUGUUUGAAUGGUACCCGUGCUCCGUAUCUGAUAGCGUGCCACGAUUAGCUCUAACAUCAGUUUCGUUCUACGUUCAUGAAACAUUAAAAACCAAGUGCUAAAUAGCUAAGUGUCAACGUUCAAGCGGAAUUAAGCCGUUAAAAAAGACGUGCGUAGAAGUAGUGGGUGUUGACCAUUUAUGCAAGAUUUAUCGACGUUGCAAAUUUUUCGAGUAACAACAAUUGAUAAGAUGGGUCUGGGAAACAAGAUGUCCGAAGAGAAUCCAGAGAUGCGGGAAAUGGCAGCGCGCAUAUGCCGCGAUUACCUCCACGGUGUUUGGAAACACGUUACCGCGGAGAACAUGACAUUGAAACGUAUCAGCGGCGGAUUAAGCAAUUGGUUGUACAAUGUCCAGUUACCCGAUGGAACUGUUCCGAUUCGAGGGGAACCACGGCAAGUCUUAUUGCGACUGUACGGCCAGAUACACGGGGAAAGAGCUUUGGAAGGGCUGAUCACCGAAUCGGUCAUAUUCACGUUACUGUCAGAAAGACGACUCGGACCCAAGUUACACGGUAUAUUUCCCGGUGGUCGAAUAGAAGAAUACAUACCGGCGAGACCGUUGCUUACCGAUGAACUGGCGGAUCCGAUUUUAAGCUGCAUGAUCGCCGAGAAAAUGGCCCAGAUACAUAGUAUGCAGGUUCCGAUAAGCAAAGAACCAACUUGGCUUUGGGAUACCAUGACCAAAUGGUUGGACACGACCACCGACAUAUUAGAAAACAUCGAGGACGUCGAUGUUCGACAUUUGAAAAACGUCAACGCGAUACGAGCGAUCGACCUAGAUCACGAGAUCAAGUGGUUCAGAUCUCUCGCAACCCGACAUAAAUAUCCAGUUGUUUUUUGUCACAACGAUAUGCAAGAGGGUAAUAUAUUGCUACGGCAAAAUACACGGAAACCAGAACUAGUUCUUAUCGACUUUGAAUAUUGCUCUUAUAAUUAUCGAGCAUUCGACAUAGCAAAUCAUUUCGUGGAAUGGCAGUACGAUUAUACAGCAGCGGAAUAUCCUUUCUUUCAUGAACGCGCAGCAUCUGGCCCUACAAAAGAGCAAAAGCUCAACUUUAUAAGAAGUUACUUAAGAACAGUCGGCAAAGAAGGAUCAUCGGAAGAGGAACGAAUCAUCAUGGAAAUCAAAAUAUUCUCAUUGGCUAGUCACUUAUUUUGGGGUCUUUGGAGUAUCGUCAACGCCAAAUUAUCAGAAAUUCCAUUCGGCUAUUGGGAUUAUGCAGUUUCUAGAUUAAAAAAUUACCAGUAUUUAAAAGAGAAGAUUAUGGCUUCUGGAGGAUCGCCGACGAUAGACAACGAUGAUACUACUGAAAAAAUAACCGUAGAUUGAACAAAUCGAGCGCAUGAUCGUUACGGCGAAGACUGUUUCCUUUCUGCAACGUAACGUGACAAAUAAAAGUUUACCUACCAUAUUUUCAUGCGCUCGUAAUUACGUAUCUUGUCAGAAUCACGAUUUACCGUUGUUUCGUGAUACAUGUUUGCGGUUUUCGACAAAAAGGAGAAAAGAGAAAGGAAGGGCGAAAAGAAAAAGCCGGAACAAAGCAAGAUGUGAAAGCCAACGUGUAGACAAGUGGAAGAAUGACGAGCAACGCAUUGAACGCAUGCACGCAAGUGGCCAAGACAGAGGCAACGCGAGAAAAGGAGAGAGAGAGAAAGAGAGAGGGGGGGGGAGAGAGAGUGACCACGAGGGAAUAGGAAUGAAGGGAAGGGGUUAGGCUGUUAAGAAACACGAAAAGAGAAAAAAGGAGAGAGGGAGGAAAGAAACGAGACGAUGUCUUACUACUACGAUAGACUUGUCUACGCGAACCAUCACGUGCAAUUUCGUUUCGUUUCGUGUCGUUUUCAUUCUCGAUGGAUACCAUCGCGACUACUAUGCGGAUACCAUGGCGAUGUGCGAUUAAUUAAUAUGACCGAAAGAAUCGUCUCUCAGUUUCUCAUAAUGUACUCCUUUCGCCCUAUAAAAGCGGUAUGGGAAUACGUAAAUAGAAAAGGAUCAUCUCUCUCGUGGACAACCCUGGCUUACGAAUUACAAAUGUGAUAUAAGAUAAGAAAUGCGUAUGAUAUCGUCCUGACAUCUUAAACUUUUCAGGGAAAUGCUGCUCAACUUUCAAGUCAGCUAUCGAUAUUUUUAGCCGGGUACUUGGAAAUCAAAAGGAUCGAGUAUUCCUACCGUUUAUAAUUACAUUAUACAUAUAUACACGUAUACGUGCAUAUACGCAUACAUACGUACGUGUACAUGUAUAAGUAUGUACGCAUGUAUGUAUGUACGUAGAUGAUUUGUACAUAACUACGAUUUUGUUGUACCUGGGACGAAUCACUAUUAGAAUUAAAAUAGGAAACUUUGUACGCUUAACGUGUUAAACAGCCAAAUCGUACUUUCGAUCGCGUCUCGCGUAUAUAUGUGUGUGUAUAUAUAUAUGUGUGUGUAUAUAUAUAUAUAUAUAUAUAUACUUAAUUGCGUUUGCACGAGCUAAGAACAUUCAUGCUAAAAAAACGAAAGCAUACAUAGUAAAUAAACUGAUCAUCAUUAUUGAACAAGUGCUGAUAUCAAGAUAUUAUUGUUCAUCGGUGUUUUUCUUUGUGAUUAUCCAAUGAUAUUUGCGUUUUAUUUCUAAUUCUUCCACACCGUGAUAUCGCGUAUUUUUCAUUAGUGCGACAUGUUUCUCGGUUCAACAAAGAACAAUAUUUUAAUAAAGUUGAAAGAAACUA